AAGCGAACUUUUACCAUCAUCAGUUUUAAACAGUUAUAGUUCUAAAGUAAAAGCAUAAACCAAAGAUAACGAAAAGAGGAGGCAAAAGUUGAACAAAAUGCCAAGUGAAAUUAUUACCCUUCAACUGGGCCAAUGCGGCAAUCAAAUUGGCUUUGAGUUCUGGAAGAGAUUGUGCCUGGAGCACGGGAUCUCGCCAGAUGGCGUCCUCGAAGACUUUGCGACCGAUGGACAGGAUAGAAAGGAUGUGUUUUUCUACCAGGCGGACGACAAUCACUAUAUACCGAGGGCCGUGCUUCUGGACUUGGAGCCCCGAGUCAUCAACAACAUCAUGACCUCCCCGUAUUCCAAGCUGUACAACCAGGAGAAUGUGUAUCUUUCAAAGCACGGCGGCGGUGCAGGCAACAACUGGGCCUCUGGUUUCAGCCAGGGCGAGAAGGUUCAGGAGGAGGUCUUCGACAUCCUGGACCGCGAGGCCGAUGGCAGCGACUCGCUGGAGGGAUUCGUUUUGUGCCACUCGAUUGCUGGCGGAACAGGUUCCGGAAUGGGAUCCUAUGUUCUGGAACGGCUUUCGGAUCGCUUUCCCAAGAAGCUCAUCCAGACGUACAGCGUGUUUCCCAAUCAGGACGAGAUCAGCGAUGUGGUGGUCCAGCCCUAUAACUCGAUCCUCACCCUGAAGCGACUGACCAAGUGCGCCGACAGCGUGGUUGUGCUGGAUAACACCGCCUUGAAUCGCAUCGCCACCGAGAGGCUGCACAUCCAGACGCCCACUUUCACGCAGAUUAAUAAUCUGGUCUCCACCAUUAUGAGCUUGAGCACCACCACGCUGAGGUAUCCCUCUUAUAUGAACAACAACCUCAUCGGGCUGACGGCCUCACUUAUUCCAACGCCCCAGCUGCACUUUCUGAUGACUGGAUAUACACCCCUGAUCACGGAUUAUGAGACCAAAACAAACGUUCGAAAGACCACCGUGUUGGAUGUGAUGCGUCGCCUUCUGCAGCCGAAGAACAUGAUGGUGUCCGCCACGACCGACAAACUGAACCGCCACUGCUUCGUCUCCAUCCUGAACAUCAUCCAGGGCGAGGUGGAUCCGUCGCAGGUGCACAAGUCGCUGCAGCGCAUCCGGGAGCGGAAGCUGGCCAACUUUAUACCCUGGGGUCCGGCCAGCAUUCAGGUGGCUCUGCCGCGAAGUUCGCCCUAUGUGCAGUCCGCCCACAAGGUCUCCGGACUGAUGAUGGCCAAUCACACGGGAAUCAGUGCUCUCUUCAAGAGGGCCCUGGCCCAGUACGAUAAGCUGAGGAAACGCAACGCCUUCCUGGACAAUUUCCGCCGCGAGUCCAUGUUCAAGGAGGACCUCACCGAACUGGACUUAGCGCGCGACACCGUCGACUGCCUGGUGCAGGAGUACGAGGCGGCCACCCAGAUCGACUAUCCCCAGUGGAGUCCACGCAUCGAAUCUUCCAAAGCCGCUUGAUUUCCUAAUUAUUAUCAUAUUUCUUUAUUCCAAGUUGAUUUUAAGUGGUUUUUUAUCUAAUCAUCAUUAUCGUUAUUUACUUUCGGUAAGAAAGGCAUUUUUGCUUUCAAAUUUAUUCAUUCAUUUAUUUUAUAUACAAACUACACAAUUACUUUAAAAAAUGUGUUUAAGUUGGUUUUAUCUCUACAAAAUCAUGCAAUCCAUGAUUUUUAUUGUCAGCUUAUAUUUCCUAGCUCCUCAGGGAAAAUGUUUUCCUCAUUCGUUUUUUCAAAUCCGUUGUGUUAACACAUCUGAAAAUAGUUCCUGUCCAAAUUUUUUUCAGUACACAUUUUGUUGGUUGUAAUAAUCCUGUUUCUGUAAUUAAGCUUAAUUCGACUCGAGUGGCUUUUUUAGAAGGAAACUAGGAUUUACUGGGAAAUUUGGCGAAAAACCUUUAAACCGUGAGUUUGGAAAUUUGUUAUGAUAGUUUAAGACUAUGAAUAGAUUCUGUUUCUUAGACCAUGUGCUGCGGACCCUGUGGACCCCGAUGCUGC